CUAAAGUAAAAAAAAAAAAAUACUUUCCCUUUUCAAGGAAUAAGUUUAUCAACUACUUUCUUCUUUUUUUUUUCCUUUUUUUCUUCUUCUUCUGUUUUCAUGGAUCAGCAAGCAGUUGAUAUUAAAAACAAACAAACUACUGCACCUACACCUCAAAACACACCUAUCAAUACAGCUUCCAUCAAUUCUCAAUUCAACCCUUCUAUCCCUGCUAUUACUGAAGAAAUGGAAACUAUCACUACUCCUGGCGCUGCUGGCAACCCUGCUCUUAUGAGCAUGCUUCAAGGUAAAUUAGGUAACCUUCUCGGUGAACCUCUUCCUGCUUCUGUUCAACGCCGCAUCAACGGUCUCAAGUACCUUCAAUCCAAGCAUACUGAAUUGGAAGGCAAAUUUCAAGAAGAAGUCUUGGCUUUAGAAAAGAAAUAUCUUGAAUUAUACCGUCCUUUGUACACCAAGCGUGCUCAAGUGAUUGCUGGUGAAUACGAACCUACUGAAGAAGAAGUUGCUUUAGGUGCCAAGGUCGAUGAAGAAGAAGAAGAAGAUCAAGAUGAACAAAAGGAACAACAAACAGAUAAAAAGAUGGAUGAGGAAGAAGAGGAAGUCAACAUUGCUGGUAUUCCUGAAUUUUGGUUGACUGCUCUCAAGACACACCCUCAAAUCAGCGAUACCAUUUCUGAAGAAGACUGUGAGGCCUUGAAGCACUUGACAGAUAUCCGCAUGACUUACCUCGAAAAGCCUGGUUUCCGUCUCGAAUUUGAAUUCACCGAGAAUGAUUUCUUUACUGACAAGGUCUUGACCAAGACGUACCAUUACCAAGACAACGUGAGUGGUGGUGAUUAUGUCUAUGACUAUGCUGAAGGCUGUCAAAUUCAUUGGAAGGACGGCAAAGACUUGACUGUCACUGUUGAGACCAAGAAGCAACGCCACAAGGGUACCAACAAGACUCGUGUUGUGAAGCGUACUGUUCCUGCUGAGACCUUCUUCAACUUCUUUAGCCCUCCUACCAUUCCUGAAGAUGACAACGAACUUGAUGAGGAAGAAGCUGAAGGUUUAGAUGCCAAAUUGGAAGCUGAUUAUGAAAUGGGUGAAGAAUUCAAGGAAAAGAUUAUUCCUCACGCUGUUGAUUUCUUCACUGGUAAGGCUCUUGAAUACGAAGACUAUGAUGAUGAAGACGAUUUUGAGGACGAUUUCCUUACUGAUGAAGACAACGAAGAGGAUGACGAUGAAGAAGAAGAAGAUGACGAUGAUGAUGAUGAUGCUCAACCCACCAAGGGUGAAAAUGCUCCUGAAUGUAAACAAUCUUAAUAAAUUUUUUCUGCUUAUAAAAAGAGUGUGUCCG